AUUCAUUUAAUCCAUCUCCUUCGCCUUCUUUUCCUGUCAUCAAUCCUUGUUCAUUGCUCCGCCUUAUACAUCAAGCGCCAUGGAUGAUCUCCUAGGUCUUUCCUGGGACAACAAAGGAUCUACCACCACAACCACAACCACAACCACAACCAGUGGGGUAGCGGGAUGGAGCAACAAUGUCAAACCGUCGCCUCCUCCACCUACUGUCAAACCAGCGCAUCUCCAAAUGGGUCUUAAUAAGACGGGGCUCACCCCAACCCCUGUAACGUCCGCUUCUUCAUACCUUAACAACAACAAUACCAGAGGCACAAACAUGGGAAUGGGAUUGAGCUCCUCUUCCGCCUCCACUACAACUUCAACAACGACCUCUAAGAAGAGAGCAGAUGAAGUCUUUGAAUCACUAAUGCCAUCCUUUGGCCAGAAUGCGGCUUCGAAUAUCUCCAAAAGCCUUGAUUCCAUGAGCCUUGAGGAGCGUCGUCGAUAUGAUCAACAGCGGCAACAGUUUCCAAGUGCAUCUUCCAUAGGUGGUCCUUUUAAUCUAGGAAACCAUAAUUCUAGAUCUAAUUCUCCAGCACCAUCCUCGUCCUCACUUUCGUCUUCAUCAUUUUCACAAUCUAUUCGACCAGCAUUCACGCCGCCUGUAAACGGAGCAUCAGCUCUAGUUUCGACAUCAGCACCAAGAGGUAAUGGCUCCGGAAGCGCUGCAGGCCCUUCCAAGCCAAUUGCGACAGCUUCACCUCAGCCUGCAGCGCAAGCCUUUACAUCAUCUAUUCCAAAGCUCCAACAGCCGCAACCGGCCUUACCACAACAGCAAACCGCCUUUUUAGGCCAUCAGAAACCUGCUGGAGCUGGGACUGGAGCUGGGUUGAUGGCUUCUCCAAGUGGACUGGGUCGAUCUCUCUCUCCCUCCAUGACGCCUUUGCAACCCGAACGCUCCAAUGCUUCGUCGCCAUCGACAAGUACUAAAGCAUCCACUCCUACAGCGCCCAAGGACCCCUUUGGCGCACUGCUAGGUGAUCAGAUUUCGUCCAGGAGCAGUCCUUCUCUCAAGGAUCAAUCUCUUGACUCGAUUCGAUAUAAUACCCCACCCCCUGGACAGACAGUCCAGUCAACAAAGGCUAUUGAUCCUUGGGAUCUGGAUUUCUUGGCUAAUGCGACAACCUCAAAGCCCGCGCAGCCUGCACCGGCUUCAAGUAAUGACAUAAUUGAUCUUGGAGUAUUUGAGAAGGCUCCGCCCGAAAAAACCUCUCCUAAUCGUGAUUCUACCGAUGCACUCAACUCGUUCAUUGGGAAGAAACCUUCUCCUGUAGCACCUUCACCCCAUACUAGUCCUUCAGCCUCGCGGAAAGAGUCACCUGUAAAAUCACCCCGCUCUCCGCUAAAGAGUCAAAGUAAAGAGGAUGAGGAUAUUGCACAGAUUGUAUCCAUGGGAUUUUCAGUGGACCGGGCAAAGCGUGCACUGUCGAUUGGCGGCGGAGAUAUUGAAGCGGCUAUUGAGUAUUUAGUUCAAAUUGAUGAAACUGAAAGCCAGUCGCCCUCAGGAACACUAAAAAACAGGGCAAGAGAGAGGGGGCAUUAUCGUGAUGAUAGUGAUCCGUCUCUGGAUGGUCGUAGGAGACGUAAUGACAGCCAAUCGCGACAGGGGCAUCAUGGACAGGCAUCGCAGCGGACUCAGGACUUGACUAGAGCACAACAAUUGCAGCAGCAUAAAGAUAAAAUUAUUGGUCAAGCCUCGGUGUUUGGAAUGUCGGUUCUGUCCAAGGCGAAUGAGAUCUAUAAACAAGGACGAGAUAAAGCGCAGGCAUUGAUAGAGGAGAUGACAAUUGAGGAGCCACAAUCAGCAGCAACUCGUCGAUUUGAAUGGAUUGAUGAUGAACGAGGUCCAGGAGGGUAUAAGGACUCGGAUUCGGAGGAGGAUGAGGUAUAUAGAGGAAGGCGGCAGCGAGAACAAGAGCAGCGACGACAGAAGGAGCAGCAGCAGUAUCAGGAAAGGACAUCUCGGCCCCGUCAGGAGAAAGAGACUUUUGAGGACACAUAUGUCUCAUCAGCACGGAAAGGUGGUCUAUCAUCAUCCAAAAAUCAAAAGCCUCUAUUUCCUAUGGGUGAUUCUCUUAACAAUCUGCCAUCGUCUUCCAAAUCAAGCACAUCUGGGAAACCGCCAUCGAAUCGACCUCUAGCUAUUGCUCAUUCGCCUCCCCCUGUACCACCAAAGCUGAGUCGACCGCCUAGAAUCCUAGUUCAAGCCAGUAAUCAACAGAUGGUAGAGUCAAAUCGUUUCAAGGAGAAAGGUAACGAAGCUUUCAAGCUAGGCCAGUUUGGACAGGCAGCUGAGUUCUAUGCUCAAGCUAGUCGGGCACUCCCAUCGAACCAUAUUCUCCUUGUUGUCACUCAGAAUAACCGAGCUGCAGCUUUACUCAAGAUUGGUGAGUACCGUGAGACAGUGUCUGAAUGCGAUCGAUCUAUCCUAUUGGUCCAAGGCCCAGAUGGCCAGGGUCACCUCGAUGCUUUACCGCCUGAUACUGGGGUGAACCUUAAAGAUCAAUUGGGUAAAGCCUUAAUGCGUCGAGCAACAGCUUAUGAGAAUUUGGAAAAGUAUAAAGAGGCCAGGGAUGAUUGGGCAAAGUUACGGGAGCUGGAUCCGGGCCAUCGAAACGCAGCAGAAGGACAUCGCCGAUGUGAGAAAGCUCUAGCAGUCAUGGCUGGUGGCGGCGAAGUCCCAGCACAAGCCCCGGCAAAUAAAACUGUGUCUUCGUCAUCUUCGGCUUCUCGAUCAAACGUACUUGGAGUAACCAUGUCUUCAAAACAGGACAUUUUUGUAGUACAUCAACAGUCCCACAGUGAGGCUAGGAUGAAAGUGGAUUUGGGUAAAUCUCAGGGUGUGUCAAAGCUGCGUCAGACUGCUGCUCAGCAGGAGAAGGAAGACGACGAGAAGUUGAAGCUGAGAGAUCAGGUCGAUAUGAAGACGACGAUGUGGAAAUCUGGAAAGGAGGACAAUGUCCGAGCACUGAUUGCGUCCUUAGGCUCAGUUCUCUGGGAAGGUGCUGGGUGGAAGCCUGUAGGAAUGCACGAACUAGUAACGCCUCAACAGGUCAAAAUCAAGUACAUGAGGGCUAUCGGCAAAGUGCAUCCUGAUAAGCUGAACUCUUCAACCACAGUAGAACAGAGGAUGAUGGCCAACACGAUCUUUAGCACGCUUAACUCUGCUUGGGACGCGUUUAAGGCUCAGAACAAUAUGCAGUAAUUCUCACAACUUCGCAUAUUACUUUGCAUCAUUAACUUUACCAACAUGAUAGGAACAAAAAAGAUAACAUGAUAUUCUUGUUUUAUGCACAAUUGUCGAAACUUAAUAAGACAGAGGGUAUAUACAGAGAUUCGGAUGAUGAAAUUAAAAGUUUCAACGCCACUGAACGUUAUUAUUACGAUUAAGGGUGGUGACGUUGCUGCU